AUCGUGCGAUAUUACCACCACGAACUGGCAUUUGUGCAAAUUAUUUGGGCAAUUGUUUGAAUGAAAUUUUCGUAUAAAAGUAAAACAAUUCUAAAGAUACUUUCAGUUAAUACAUUAAACUGCCAGACAUGAAGCUACUAACCAUAUUUGCUGCAAUCUGCUCAGCGAUCGCUUUUGUGGAAGCUAGAUCGUCGAUAGAACCAUCAGUCGAAGAAGUAUCGCCGAGACCGGUUUGUGAUAUCAUGUGCACCAUGCAAUAUGAUCCUGUAUGUUGCUUACCACGAAGUGGAUGUGGUGAUUGUCAGACGUUUGGUAACGCUUGCGGUCUUGAUGUCUAUAACUGUGAAAAUCCUGGAAAUCCAUACUACUCGUACUCAAACGGUGAUUGUGGUUCAAUCGGAAAAGGGACUCUGGUCGGACAAUUGGCCUAAGCAACACAGUGUCUUUUAUGAUAAAGUUUUUGGGUUUGAAUAAAAUUUUCUAGCUGAA